GAUACAUCCCUUUUCCUUACAUUCCGAAGUCUUGGGCUGAUCGUAUGAGACUGACCGUUGCCCACAUUCCGAGUCAACGUGCCAACGAUUCUGCCAAGUCAGUGUAACAGUAUAUAUACCGCCAACGCAAGUCACCAUAUUCAAACACCACUCACUUAUUUCUACACCACCGUCAUGGCACUGACGCAAACGAUUCUACUCACACUCUCCCUCUCGAUAUUCGGAGCAAGAGCACACAGCGUCAACACGGCACACGCAUGUGUACAACUGUUUUUGAGCCUUCCAGGGCAAAUCUUUUUCCAUGACAACAAGAACUAUGAAGAGUCAAUUGCCUCAUACGAGUAUAUUGGAACCCGGCUACGGCCCACUUGCAUUGCGAGGCCGAAAACCACGACCGAUGUUGCUACUAUUGUCAAAACCUUGAGCAAAUUUAGCACUGUUCAAUUUGCUGUUCGAAGCGGAGGACACAAUACCAACAUUGGCUUUGCAGAUAUCGAGGACGGUAUCACCAUAGAUCUGAGUAACAUGAAUGAAAUCCAACUCCAGACGCCCUCAGAAGUCGUCUCCGUCGGUCCGGGUGCAAGAUGGCAGAGCGUAUAUGCUGUUCUGGAUCCCUACAAUAUAUCCAUUCAAGGUGGGCGAAAUGGUGCCGUCGGAGUGGGCGGUUAUUUGACUGGAGGAGGUAUCAGCUUCUUCUCUACACAGAGAGGCUGGGCGUGUGACUCAGUUGUCAAUUUUGAAGUUGUCCUCUCCUCAGGAGCCAUCGUCAACGCGAACGCGACAUCCUACUCUGACCUUUUCGCCGCUUUAAAAGGGGGUCUGAAUAACUUCGGUAUCGUCACGCGCUUCGACUUGGAAACAUUUGCCCAAGGCCCGAUGUGGGGAGGUGUUAUCCUCUAUCCCAAUUCCACCGACGUGGAACUGCUUGAAACGCUUACAGCACUCAAAGCUCCAGGAAAGUACAACCCAAAUGUUAUGUUUACAUUUGGCUUUCUGUAUGACUCUGCAAAGGAUUCAUACAUGGCUCAGAUUGCCAUGUACCACUCUCAACCUGACAAUGUCAAUGUCAGUUCGCUACAGACAUUCGCCGAUAUUCAACCACAAAUUUACAACUCUAUACGUCUUGCGUCUCCGGGAGAUUUUGCCGGGGAAGGAGCAGAAACAAUCACCCAGAGCUAUUACAUGGACUGGUCCACCACCACAUUCUCCAUAACGCCCUUGAUCCUCCCCAAGAUCCACGAAUCCUUCAAACAGACGUCCCGCGCACUCACUGCCGAUUACAGUCCCGCAAACCUCACAAUCGCCAUGUCCAUCCAAUCCGUCCCCCCGGCUGCGCCAGCAUCCAAACCAAACAGCCUAGGCUUCGAUCCCGCCCUACACCCCGAGGAUCAUCUUUACAACAUCGGCAUCGCGUUCCAAUACGACGAUCCUGCUGCCACAGAAAGCCUGCGACAAGCUAUCAAAAAAUUCACAGGAGACCUGGACCGGAUUGCUGACGCAGAGGGUGCACGAGACGAGCAUCUGUAUCUGAAUUAUGCAGGUGAUUGGCAAGAAGUACUUGCUGGAUACGGGAACGAGAGCCUGACGGAGAUGCGGCGGGUGUCGACGAAGUAUGAUGGGAGCGGAAUGUUUCAGAAGCAGGUUCGGGGUGGGUUCAAGUUGUUUGGGUAACAGUCAGACCUGAGGUUACCUGCGUCGUUGUAGCCCUUUCGAGACGGCGUUUGCGUGUCUUUACCGUGCACAAUUACGACGAGAACUCUCUGCUGCUUGUCUUGAAGAUUUGGUCUCUCUGUGAAGACCUUUAGAAGUUCGUAAUCAAAUGCAUACUCUAUUCCCCAAACCUCUGAUUCUCUCUGCCUAGUUGUCUGAGGUUCUUCAUAAGCCGGCCA